AUGACUAAAGAGUUCGCACGCACUGAACGCACUGAAUUGCAGCCUCUUGGGGAGAUCGACAAGGGAUGGGUCCCCCAGCAUGGGUUUGGGCCUACCCGUUUAUCAGUUUUAUUGCGGAUAAUGCCUCUAUCUUCUCCGGCCAACGUGGAGCUUGUACAACACUCACACGUCACUAGUCACAAGGCUCGCAACGAUAACUGA